AAUAUUAAAUAUUUGUAGACUUUUUUCUUAAAUUCAACUAUACGGUAACAAUCAGUAUUUGUACAGUGUGGCAAUUUCUUAAAAGUGUGUAUCAAACAUUGUUUGGCUGUAUUGUCCAAAGUUUUUUGAAAAGAUUAUAAAUUCUUUUUUCUGCAAAUUAAAAAUAUUUUACAUCUAUACGUUUAUACUUCUUUAUGAUGUCACAUCAAACUUAUGGGGAGAAGCCUAUACCAUUUCAAUUGGAGGAGGGCGGAGAGUAUUAUUAUGUCGGAUCGGAAGUGGGGAAUUAUAUGCGGAUGUUUCGUGGUAUUUUGUAUAAAAAAUAUCCUGGAAUGACUCGUAUUGUUCUUUCCAACGAAGAACGCAAACGUUUAGCUGAAUCUGGUUUGAGCUCUCACAUAUUGGCAAGUUCCGUAUCUUUGUUGCGCGCUGUUGAAGUUGAUGAAAUAAUAGCCGGCAAUGAUGAUAAGUAUCGCGCUAUAUCUGUGAAUACAUCUGAAAAUCCACUACCAAGAGAAAGUAAAUCAAAAAAGCAACCACAGUAUGUACCAACAAUGCCAAAUUCGAGUCACUUGGAUGCUGUGCCGCAGGCUACACCUAUUAACCGCAAUCGGGUGCAUACAAAAAAAAUUAGAACUUUUCCAAUGUGUUUCGAUGAUACAGAUCCCACAGCUAAUUUAGAAAAUGCAGCACAGAAGGAGUGUUUAGUUCCAAUUCGUUUAGAUAUGGAAUUAGAAGGACAGAAACUAAGAGAUACUUUCACUUGGAAUAAAAAUGAAAGCAUGAUUACUCCAGAACAAUUUGCUGAAGUCUUAUGCGACGAUUUGGAUUUGAAUCCUGUACCAUUCGUUCCGGCAAUAGCUCAGGCAAUACGUCAGCAAAUUGAAGCCUUUCCAUGUGAACCACCUAUAUUAGAAGAAAGUUGCGAUCAACGUGUUAUUGUUAAAUUAAACAUACACGUGGGUAAUACUUCACUAGUUGAUCAAGUAGAGUGGGAUAUGUCAGAGAAAAGUAAUUAUCCUGAAGAAUUUGCUAUUAAGUUAUGUGCUGAACUGGGGUUAGGAGGUGAAUUUGUCACAGCAAUUGCUUAUAGUAUUAGAGGACAAUUGUCUUGGCAUUGUCGUACAUAUGCAUUUAGUGAAGCUCCUUUGUCAACUAUUGAUAUACCGUUUAGAAAUCCCAGUGACGCAGAUCAAUGGGCACCAUUUCUAGAGACAUUAACAGAUGCAGAAAUGGAGAAGAAAAUUCGCGAUCAAGAUCGAAAUACAAGAAGAAUGAGAAGAUUGGCUAAUACUACAACUGGUUGGUAAAUUAAUAUAAAAAACUAUAUAGCUUGAAAUAUAUGUAAAAUUUUUAUUCGUGUACUCUUUCAUAAAAACAAAUAAAAAAAAUCU